CAUGCGCCAGAAUAACACGAUACAGCCACUGUUUGGGGGGUAACAGCAAUCGAAAAUGGGCAACAAGAGGAAAGUUUUAGUAACAGGAUUUGAGCCCUUUGGAGAACAUGCUGUGAACUCCAGCUGGGUGGCCGUACAGGAACUAGAGCGUUUAGGGCUGGGUGAUGCCGUAGACCUUCAUGUAUGUGAGGUGCCCGUGGAGUACCAGGCAGUUCAGAGUCUACUUCCAUCUCUGUGGAAGCAGCACAUGCCACAGCUAGUAGUCCAUGUGGGUGUCUCUGGCUUGGCUACCACCGUCACCCUGGAGCAAUGUGGACACAAUAAGGGCUACAAACGCCUGGACAACUGCAGCUUCUGUCCAGCUUCCCAAUGCUGCGUGGAGGAGGGGCCCGACUUCAUCAGCUCUGUGCUGGACAUGGAGACGGUCUGCAAGAGGGUCAGUGACUCAGGCCUUGGGGUUGCUGUGUCAGUGUCCAAGGAUGCUGGAAGAUAUCUGUGUGACUACACCUACUACUCGUCGCUGUUCCUGAGCAAGGGUCGCUGCGCCUUCAUUCAUGUGCCUCCCCUGGGGAACCCCUACAGCAGCCAGGAGCUGGGCAUAGCCCUUCAAGCUGUAGUACAGGAGAUGCUGAAACUCCUGGAGGUGGUGAAGACAGAGGAGCAGCGUUGCAUACAUGCACAUUAAUUUGGACCACUAUAUUUCUUGAUAAGUUAAUGCUGUGGAACAUUGCUUGUAAUGCUGAUGUCUUAGUGUGAGACUGAUCUAUGCGUGGUGAUCGGGAUGAUAGCCAUAUUAGUAGAAGCCUGGAUUCUGGUUUCUUUGAACAAACAUCCUCGCAUUUAAGUGUGUGUUAUAAUGUGUUUAUAUUGCACCAGCUGUGAAAAUAGAUGCACCGAUGCAAACAGGAAAUAAUGAUGCAUAUUUUCAAAAGUGGAAUUUGUUAAAAAUGAUCUUUUAUUAAUAAUAAGGCAGCUACGCGUAUGUAGCACGAUGUUCACUACAGUGUAUUUUCAUUCUAACAUGAUCAUUGUAAUUGUAGCCAGUUUAUUUGUUGACCAAUGACUUGGUCUUUUAAAUGUGUUUUAAUUCUUUUUUGCUGCUUAAAAAAUGUAUUGGCACUGAUGUAAACGACUAAUAAUCUCAGGGGAAUAACAUGCAAUCGACGUUUGAAGAGUUAAUGGUUAGAUGUGGCUGAGCAUGUCUGCAGAAUAUUAAAACUAUGUUAUCGCUGCCUUUGUGUCCGCAUUC